UAAUUCUUUGCUCCCCAAAAACUCCAUCAAUAUUUUUGGGAUAGAAGCAAUAAAAAAAAAAAAAAAAUAACAAGAAGAAAGAGAAAUAAAUCUCUUUUUUCUUCUUUGUAGUGAUUUCUUCUUCCACAUUCAUUUCAUUUUCUAAUUUAGUUUUUUUUUUAUGGGUACGUAACAUUAAUUAUUUAUUCUCCGAUUCAUCGAAUUUUCAUCUCUUCUUUUUCAACAAUAUGUUCUUGAAAAUGCAUAUGUAAUAUGUUGGUUGUAAAUUAUUGGAAGAUUGAUCGUAAAUCAUCGUAGUAAUUUCUAUUUCGUGUGUUUGGAAUACUGUUAAUGCAACAUGUAAGUUUCUCCUAGGAGGCAUAUUGGAUUAAUUUUUUGAAAAAAGAAGAAGGAGCAUUUAGGGAGAAUUAACAAAAAUGUCUUGCUGUGGAGGUGGAGAAGAAGAUGCAUACAGUGGCGGUCCGCCGUCGAAUCAGAACACAGUUCCUCCUAGAUCUGGAAAUCCCUAUGGUGGUGGUACUGGUGGUGCGAGUGAUAGAGGAGAGCCGAGGAGCGCUGCAAGAGGUGGAACUCCUCAGAAAGUACUACCGAUUGAGGCGCCAGUUUUCACCUUGGAUGAGCUAAACCGAAUGACUGGAAAUUUCGGUCAGAAAGCUUUGGUUGGAGAGGGAUCUUAUGGCCGCGUUUUUUGCGCUAAAUUAAGCAAUGGACAGCAAGUAGCAAUCAAGAAGUUGGAUACUAGUUCUUCACCUGAACCAGAUUCUGACUUUGCAGCUCAGUUAUCAACGGUUUCAAGACUUAAAAACGAGCAUUUCAUGACUCUGAUGGGCUAUUGUCUCGAAGGGAACAAUCGUAUAUUGGUCUAUGAGUUUGCGACAAAGGGAUCUUUACACGAUGUUUUACAUGGUAGAAAAGGCGUACAAGGUGCUGAACCCGGUCCAGUUCUUACCUGGAAUCAAAGAGUUAAAAUUGCUUAUGGUGCAGCAAAAGGCAUAGAGUAUCUACACGAAAAAGUUCAGCCACCUAUAGUUCAUCGCGAUGUCAGGUCCAGCAACGCGUUGCUCUUUGAUGAUUUUACAGCGAAGAUUGCUGAUUUCAACAUCUCGAACCAGUCUUCUGAUACAGCAGCGCGUCUGCAUUCCACUCGAGUUUUGGGAACUUUUGGCUACCAUGCACCAGAGUAUGCCAUGACAGGACAGAUUACGCAGAAAAGUGACGUGUAUAGUUUUGGCGUUGUUCUCUUAGAACUCUUGACAGGAAGGAAGCCAGUAGAUCAUACAAUGCCUAAAGGACAACAGAGUCUUGUCACUUGGGCAACUCCAAGACUGAGUGAAGACAAAGUGAAGCAAUGUGUUGAUCCAAAGCUAAAUAAUGACUAUCCUCCAAAAGCAAUUGCUAAGUUGGCAGCUGUUGCAGCACUUUGUGUUCAAUACGAGGCCGAUUUUCGACCUAAUAUGACCAUUGUUGUCAAAGCACUGCAACCACUACUCAACUCAAUGCCAUCAGGACCAGACUCACAAGCAUAGUACAUUUCUGGUUUUGAAACCCAAAGGGACUAAUUCAUAUGAGCCUCGACGUUACGGAAAAACUUACUCACACUCGGUGUUUAUGUAACGUGUAUGUAGAAGACAUAUGUUAUGUAUUGUACUGAUUGUUGUAAACAUCUGAGUGUAGAUAAGGUUUUUUUUUGCCCUUUUUGAUCCAACAUGUUUUUUUAUUUUUUUUGGGACAAUUAGAAUGCUUGAAAGAACUUUUGACAAAAAUUCUCAUAGAUAGGUUAGUUGUGACAUGUUGUUACUGGAUAUAAUACCUUUUGGGAGUUUUGUAUAACUAUAUGUAAGUUUCUGAUUGAACAAGAAUUGCCUCAACUCUCAAGCCAAUAUUCUCAAAAUGCCAUUGAAGGCAUAAAAUAAGUGUUUUAUGUAUA